AUGCGAGAACGACCAGCACCAGCAAAUUGCGACACAACUGCAUUGACAUUCUUGAGAUUUCACAAGAAAUCUUUGACAUUCGGUGUGAAAGAAUUGGAUCGAGUGAUGGUUCAGAACCUUUCCAAGACUCUGUGCUUGGAAAUAUGUGGCUCUAGCGCUUGUGGAAAGAGCGAGCUGUUGUUGAAUGCUUGUGCGCAAAGUGUUAUACCCGAUGAAUUCCAAGGUAUCAUCGUGGGUGGCAGCAAGUCAUCAGCGUUGUUCUUCUGCAUCGGGUGCACAUCAAGUCUGUACAUAUCGCGGUUAGUAACAUUGCUAGAUAUGCACGCAAGGAAGGUGAUCCAAUUCGUGGAUCAAUCGAACCUCGAUGUUCAGAGUUGGACCCGUGCCUUUAUAUUAGAUUGCCUUUCCCGCAUUCACUUUGUUGUUUGCUACAAUGCCUUCGAAGUUUUUUGUGCAAUACGAAGCAUGGAGGAUUUUUUGCAGUGCGGAAAUGUACAGAUUGUUGCGUUUGACUGUCUGUCGGUCUUGCAAUGGUACAGCAGGGUCGAACAAAAAGCUCACGAGAAGGAGGAUUCGCACGGGAGUUCUGCCCAGCUGGAUUCGUGCUUCCUUUGGCUAGAUUCGCUCGCCAAACAAUACAACCUGAUCAUUCUUGCAUCUCGGUGGUUUACAGCUAAAAAAUCGGAUGCUUUGGACAAGGAUUAUUCCAUGCACAAGACGAAUAUGAUGUGGGAGCAAAUGGUGACGCAUCGAAUAGUCUUGGAUGUUUGUUCAAAACCAGGAGGGCAAAUGAAGUACGUGGGUUCGGUGAAAUCGUUUGAAUCGAAGGAAAACCACCAGGAAAUUGAAUUUAACGUGACGUAUUGGCACGACUUCUUGCAUGUUUAG